AUGUCUUGUUUGCAGUUGUUUUUAAAGACUUCGUGUGUACAUAACACUUGCUCUUGCAAGUUGACUGUAGCAGCCGCUGGGUCUUUAAGAUUAAAUAAAAAGCCCUUAAUUGCGCAAUAUAUUCUGACGUUUGAGUUUUAUAAAUAUUUUUGUUCAGAUCAGCACAUACUACGAGAUCUCGAGAGGAGAAAACUUCUAGUAUUCACGCCGUCCAGAAGGGUGGCCGGAAAACGUGUGGUCUGCUACGAUGACCGUUUCAUAGUAAAGCUGGCGUAUGACUCCGAUGGCAUCAUUGUGUCCAAUGACACCUAUCGAGAUCUCCAGGGAGAACGUCCAGAAUGGAAACGUUUCAUCGAGGAGAGGCUUUUAAUGUACUCGUUCGUCAAUGAUAAAUUUAUGCCCCCCGAUGACCCCUUGGGAAGACAUGGUCCCACCCUGGACAACUUUCUGAGGAAGACUCCACGUUUACCGAAGAAGCAGCCGUGUCCUUACGGAAAGAAGUGCACUUACGGAAUCAAAUGUAAAUUCCAUCACCCGGAGCGAAGCAAGCAAUCCCAGCGUGCCCUGGCCGACGAGCUGCGAGACAAAGCCAAAAUUUCAGCCGCACCUCACAAACCACAGUCGAACUCUGUUGGACACAGUCAAAGUCCAUCUUUAGAGGAAGUUCUGGAACACAAACUAACCCUGGACACGAGCGGAUCCCUCAAGAAAAAUUACGCUAGCGAAAACGUACUCGUCAUCAAAGGAGCCCCUCAGCCGACUCAGAAGAAGUUUUCUUCGAAGAGAGAACACCGCCAUUCACCGCCAGGUCUGGGCUCUUAUACUUACGGAUCUCAGGAGUUUUUGGAUUCCGGUUUAGGUUCCUACGAAAGUCAAUUACCCGAAGCACCCCAGGUCGAGCGCCACUAUGAAAUCGACCACAGGAAGUCCAAACCAUCCACCGGUGGGCGGCACCAUAGCGUUCCAGCAAACAGACAACCCUGCAGUUGCUGCUCCCAUGAAUCUCAAAGCAUUAAUGGAGGCAAUAUGCAUCACAGCAUGGGUUUGCCAAACUUACCCAACCCAGAACACAGAGGUUACUCUCAACCUCGCUAUCAUUCAUACGGAGGAGGUCCGGUUUACCCAUCCGUCAACAUGUCACAGUAUUCGUUUCAUCACAGCAGUGCUCCUCCACCUCAUCAUGGCUACUGGUCCGAUCAUUAUGGUGGUUAUCCUCCAGCGUCCCACAAUUCAGUGCAGGAAGAAAGAGGACAUGGACCUUGGUCUCAUUCCCAGCCCAAUCCUCAGUGGUCCGAGAGGGAGCAGGUGAGGAAAAAGUUGCUGGCAAUUUUCAAUUCACGUCUGGUAGACCGUGCCAUGGAAAUGUUUCCUUACAUCCUCGACCCGCAAAGACUUGCUGCAGAGAUCUUGACUCUUCAAUCUCAGGGUGGAGCUUUUUAAAGUUGAAGGACUAGUCAAUGUUAUUAAGACUUUUGGAGCUUUUAGUUUUUAUAUCUGUUGUGUUCUACUGGAUAGCACCACCCACAGUGAAACCUCAUUGGUCCAAAAUCCUACAUAGCUGAAAACUCAUCAUGUUUGCUCAGGUCUUGUUGCAGUAAACAAAAUACAGUACAGUAUAAUGAUGAAGGCAUUUUUAUGCCAACUUGUAUAAAAAAAUGAAUCUUAAACAAUGGACUGUUGAUACAAAUCGUGUCUUAAACCUUUUUAAGCUAUUUUAAAGGUUUUUGAAUGUAUUUUUAUUACAUGUGGGUGAUUCUCACGAAAACUUGGUUUUAAAAAUGUCAAGCAUGAAAAUGUAAAAAUUGCUUAAAUUUACUUUAUUUCCCACCAGGCAUUGAAAAACAAAGUCUGGAGUAAAUGGGAACAUUAAUUUAAAAACUUUUACUUAUCAUUUAACACUUUUUGUAACAUAAUUUAAAAAAUAAGUCCUAAAAAAUCUCAUUACCGCAACAGUCAGAAAACAUCAACACUGACAUAUUUUCAAAAUGACAUGACAAACCUGAAAGAACAUCAUUUGGAGAUUCUGCACAUGCAUUUAAAAUCAAAGUAUUAUGCUUCUAUUAAUUAAAUUAACAUUUAAUAAGCAUCUGUUGCGGUAAUGAUAAUCAAAAUGUCGUGUAAGCAUUCUGACAAGACAAUAUUUCAAAUUAACUGUAAAAAAAUGAUCUUACCUGGUAGCCAUCUUGAAGUAACUGAUCCAUGUGCUUGGUCACUCAAAAUCAAACUUUAUUAAAAUUCUGUAUGUGUGCUUAAACUGUUCUCAAAAAGUGUUGCGGAGGAUGAGAACAUCAGGCAUGGACACAUCAUUUUCCUAAUUUUUCUUCAUUAUUAUUAUACAUGAAUAUUCAGUAAAUAUUUUUUCUGUCAUCUAAAGUAGUCUAGCAAAACAUCCAUUUAUUUUUUUCUUAAUAUUUUUGUGUUAAUUUGAUUAAAUUACAACAUAACGCAUGUUCAAACACAGCCGGACACAUUGCGGUAAUGAGAAUUUCAGCAGAAAAUGAGAUAAAAUUUCCAAUUAUAAAUUCUUACGUUGAAAUCACACAUUGUGCAAGGUAGAACACAGUAUUGUGUUAAUUCUGAUGCUUUUUAAUGUUACUAUAUUACACAUUUUAAAGCUAAAAUCAUUAGUGCCGUGGUGUUUCACUGGUUUCGUGAGAAUCACCCAUGUAUUUGGUAAAUUAACCACUGGUUGCAUUAACCAACAAGGUGUUUCCUUUUUGACUAUAGUUCUCAAAAGUUUAAUAUUUAAUUUUGUCAGCUUUUUAGCAAAAAAAUGACAUCAGGUGAUGUCCGGACAAUGUAUUUUGUGUGUAAUGAAUUGUGGUUCUGUGGAUCUGCAGUACCAUUUAAGUUAAAUGUGUUGGCACUGUGUGCUUUAACAUUUGUUGAUCUGAUCUAUCAGAACGGUAGAAGUGUACACACCCUUUGGUGUAUUUUUUAUUGCUUUUUACUUGUGAAAUAUCAUACAGAAUGCAAAAGUUCUCAAAUGUAAAUACCAAAAAUUGCAGAUCAGAAGUUGAACGGUAUAGAUAAGGGACACUAAAGACUUUUAAGUGCCCUUAUUAGUUUGCAUUGAUUGAAGUGAAAGGGAGUUUAUGAUAUUGUGUAGGCAACAUUUUGCCAUUGUUUCAUUAAACUGCUUUUGCAACAUGUAAAUCUGAAUAUGUUAUCUGUAUGCUUGUGUUUUGUAAAAACUAAAAAAUAAAUAAAUUGCAUAUUUAUCUACA